CGCCAACUGUGCCCGGCGCCCGCAGUACUCAGUUCCACUUCCCUUUCCCUUUCCCUUUCCUUCUUUCUCCCUUCCCUCUCUCUUCUACCCUCUUCCAUUCACCACCCCAUGCAUGGUCCGUGGGUAAACUAGCGUUCAUCGCUAACAGCCGUUGAUAUUCAUCUCCAAGACCUAGCCUAUCUGAUAUCCUACAUCAUGGACGUGCGAGAUCCGAUCUCCAUCCCCUCGGCUACCGCCAUGCCCACGUGGGGAAUCGCGGUUUGGGAGUGGCAGCUCACCAUCGAUCCCCGCAACGCGCGCAACCUCCACCCUCAGAAUCCGACCCCUUGGUGAACUCCCUCGCCAAGAGCCGCCUGCUGAAGGGCUCUGAAGGACUCUGGUGGACGUGCUAUAAGAAGCUACCAUUUGCGCCCGUAUCGACAGCGUGGCCAUGUCUAUCAGCAUUUAUGAAGGCCUCAGCGACAUGAUCUCCCUUCUGUUUACCCUCUUGACCUCCUCGGUCGCGGCGCGCGACACUUUCUAUCCACCACUCAAUCACACCACCUUCAUAACCAAUACCUCGCUGGGAACCUAUGGGGGUAUCUACUCCGCGCCCGCCGAUCAGGCCAGUCCGCCGUCUGCUGAGGAGGUCUACAAUUAUUGCUCAAUGCCCCACCCCCGAGCCGACACCUACACUUUACCACCUCCCAUCGCCAAUGGGUCCGUGUCCGGUCGCUUGGUCUACCUCGAAUACUUGCAGCGACAUCAACGCAGGACUCCCUACAAUAUUCUUCCGGGCGGCGAGAACCAAGCAUACAACUGCAACAACGUGCAGCCCUUCCUGUACCUUGCGCCGACGUCCGGAAACCCCUCGCCACUUUCCGUUUACGCGCAGUCAUACUCCGAUCCGACGAACCCGUUCUUAGACAGCUAUGUCAAUGGGUCCUGCCAAUAUCCACAACUCACAGUCGGAGGCUUCUUGGACGGUUAUCAACACGGUCGCAAUCUUCGGGAAGUGUACCUGGAGCAAUUACAGCUCAUCCCGUCGGCUCCGAACGAGGAUAAUGGCAGAAAGGUGUGGCUCCGCAGCAGUAGCUCCGCCCUGACGCAGGAAUCUGCGGGCGGAGUGCUGAGAGGAAUGUGGCCUGAUUACCAUGGGUCUUUGCCGCUGCACCAGCAGGCCUCCAGCAUUGACACAGUCGACCAGGGGUUCUCUUGUUCCGCACGGAGCGACCUGCUGUCCGCCAUUGAAUCCACCCCGGUGUGGGAAGAGCAUCUGUCGGUUACGGCGUCGCUUCGCACCAAGCUAGCCGACAUGUUCGAUGCCAACACUUCGAGCUGGACCUCCACCUUCGAUCACUUUGCCGACAACUUCCAAGGCCGACUGUGCAACGGCUACCAACUACCAUGUAGCCUUCAGAAUGAGUCCCAGUGCGUGACCCAACAGCAGGCGGACGAGGUUUUUCGGGCUGGUGACUGGGAGUGGAACUACUGGUGGAGACACAAUGCCAACGCCACACGGUACAUUCAGCUUGUGGAGGGGCUGUUCAUUGGCGAGAUUGUGCAACACCUGGAAGCGGUGGCUACAGGCAGCUCGGCUCUGGUCUACAGCCACAAUUUCGUGCAUGACGGGGACUUGGGGCCGGUGCUGGGUGCAUUGGGAAUUCGAGCGCUGCGCUGGCCGGGGAUGGGAUCGAACAUCGCCAUCGAGAUUUGGGAGACUGCCGACUCGGAGCACUACGCACGGGUCUUGUACAGUGGACGGGCCAUCGAGACAAUUCACGGCACGCUGGACUGGAUCCCGCUGGCGUCUUUGAUUGAUAUUCUAAGGCCGUUCAUCCCUGACGACAUCGUCUCCUUAUGUGAGACGGUCUGACCUGUCAUCCGAUGUUGUUUUGGACGUCAGGAGUGGUAGCGAGUGUAUAGUUGAACAACAAAAUGUUUGCUAUACACGAGGUUUUGUCCAGAAUCGACUCAAGGUCUCACUUGAGAUGACUUAGUUCAACAAUCUGCUAUCAUUUGGUCCGAGAAUUGGCAAUUCUUAUUCCGACAAGUCAUUCCUGCAAAUCAAUGUACAUAUACUGUACUUACCGAAAGGAUGUUCAGAUCAAGAACCCUAUAAUAUCACCGACAAAACUCCUAAAUCGUACAAUCAGGGUCU